AGAUCUAGGGACAGCGAGGCGCACGGGGGACGGGUCGUUCACGAUCGAAGAGCAAGGGAAUGAACACCUACGGCCCCAGGACCAGAUGAACCCACAGAGAGCGCACCCUGUGGCCACGGGUUCCGCCGACCCGUGAGGGCAGAUAAACAGUGCGCCGCCGAUUAAAGAAAGGAAGCUGAGAGACAUUGACUUUAUUCGAACCACAUGGUUCCAGUUUGUGGCAGCGGUCUCUCCGUUCGGCUAGAGGAGACACCGCGCCUGCGGUGUUGGCGCUGGAGCAUCAAAUCAGGCGGCUGCCGGCCCGUGGCGCGGGACCACCUGUGAGGGCUGCUGAGAUUGGCGGAGGCGGUCAUGUGGGCGGUCACGUGCCGCGGCGAGCUCCGUCCAAAAGAAAAUGGGGUUUGGUGUAAAUCUGGGGGUGUAAUGUUAUCAUAUAUCACGCUACCUCGUAAAACCGACACUGAAAGCUGCCGGACAACAAAUCACAGGUCAAAAUUAUGAGUUCUUCGUAUUAUGUGAACGCGCUUUUUAGCAAAUAUACGGCGGGGGCUUCUCUCUUCCAAAAUGCCGAGCCGACUUCUUGCUCCUUUGCACCCAACUCGCAGAGAAGCGGCUACGGGCCGGGCGCCGGCGCCUUCGCCUCCACUGUGCCGGGCUUAUACAAUGUCAACAGCCCCCUCUAUCAGAGCCCCUUCGCGUCCGGCUAUGGCCUGGGAGCCGACGCCUACAACCUGCCCUGCGCCUCCUACGACCAAAACAUCCCCGGGCUCUGCAGUGACCUCGCCAAAGGCGCCUGCGACAAGGCGGACGAGGGCGUGCUGCACGGCCCGGCCGAGGCCAGUUUCCGCAUCUAUCCCUGGAUGCGCAGUUCAGGACCGGACAGGAAGCGGGGACGCCAGACCUACACGCGCUACCAGACGCUGGAGCUGGAGAAGGAAUUCCACUUCAACCGCUACCUGACGCGGCGCCGCCGCAUCGAGAUCGCUCACGCGCUCUGCCUCACCGAGCGCCAGAUCAAGAUCUGGUUCCAGAAUCGGCGCAUGAAGUGGAAGAAAGAGCAUAAAGAUGAGAGCCAGGCUCCCACUGCAGCCCCCGAAGACGCGGUGCCCUCCGUUUCCACAGCUGCUGACAAGGCCGAUGAGGAGGACGAGGAGGAAGAGGAGGAGGAAGAGGAAGAAGAGGAGUAAAGGGCCAGGCACAGGACCCUGGCUGCACAGGACAGUUGGAAAAGCGUCUUUAAGAGACUCAUUGAUUUUAGUUACAAAAAAAUGGGGGGAAA